AUGACAUCGAAUGAGAACUACCCCAUCUUCCGAGAAUGUCUCUCAAGCGCAAUUGUUGCGCGCUCGGAAAAACCGGCGUCCAAACGCAGAACCAAGGUCAAGCGCAAUGGACGUAAGGAAGUGACCGUGACAAAAACCGAAAUUGUAACCACCGAGCGAGCAAAUCCAGAAGAGCUGGCCGAGUUUAUCGAUUUCAUCGCAUCUGAAACCUUCGACUCCUUCCCCGAAGACCUUAAAACACUUUCCUACGCCGCAAUCCAACAUGAUACAGACCUUGCGAAGACCUAUAUACCGCCCGAGAAAGAUACCCCUCUUGACCGUGCGGUGCUUGAGUCAAUAUGCACAGUAACACCCGUCGAUGUCACUGAUUCAUUGUCAGUCUACGGACUGAUCCCCGACCCGGCCGAUUUCCCGGAUUUCAUAUCCUCGGUGCUGUCGGAGUAUAUAAGUGGCGUGACAACUGGGCCACCGGCGUGGUCGACCACGAAGACGGAUGCGUGUGAGAUUUGCGAACGAGAUUGGAUCCCGUUGUCGUAUCAUCAUUUGAUUCCGCGGGGAGUCCAUGCUAAGGUCAUGAAGAAGGGGUGGCAUGACGAGUGGAUGCUGAAUAGCGUGGCGUGGCUAUGUAGGGCAUGUCAUAGCUUCGUACAUCGCAUGGCAGGGAAUGAGGAGUUGGCAAGAGAGUGGUUCACUAUCGAGAGAAUCAUGGAGAGGGAGGAUGUAAGGGAUUGGGCAAACUGGGUUUCGAGGGUAAGAUGGAAGGCUACCUGA